UCCAAAUCGCGUUUUUGACGUUUUUUGUUUACGGAAAAGUUUAUGUGAGCGGUGAAAACUCAUUUGUUGAGUUUAAUUAAGUUAUUCUUAAUUUAAUUUGUUUAAAAAUGUUUCUGAAAUAAGAUUUUGUGAAAUUUCGCACUUUUUUUUAUACAGUUCUAUAAUUGGUAAUUAUAAAAUUGGACGCCACUAUGAGAAUUUUAUAUAAAAAAGAAUAAAAAAUACUUUAGAAAAACCGGAAAAUUAUGGCUGUCAGAAUAUUAUUAUAUUUAGGAUUAAUUUAUCUACUAUUAAAUGUUGUUAAAACUGAGGAAAAUAUUGAAAAUGUGACCUGUCAAUUGGAAAAGCCUCUGCGAAAGCAAAUUGAGGCUGAACCCUUAAAUGGAAGAUGUUUGCGAGAUAUUGUUGUUCAAUUUGCAAAAGCUCUUAGAACAAUUAGUAAUGAUGAACUAGGAGUAACAAUUUUUCAAGAAAUGCUCGAUAAACAAGAAUUUGUUAAUAUUUCAAAUGGUCCGGAUGUUAAAUUAAAAAAUUUGGUAGAUAAAUUGGAUAAUCAGAUUAAAUCUUACGUUGAAUUAUUACGACAAAGUAAUAGUGUUAUUCAACAAAUUUUACUGAAACACAGUUCAAAUAAUCAACAAAAUCAAGCUUUUCAAUUAAAUUUUGCACGUAAUCGAGUUUCCAUUGAUGAAAAAUUUGAUAUUUGUUCACAAAUUUCGACUGCACUGUCUUCUAAUUUAAGAGAUCAAGAAUGGAAGAAUUUACACAUUUUGCCAGUUAGUCAACCUGGAACAAUGUGUGGUCCACCAAGUUUAGCUCAUAAUAUCGGUCCUUUAUUUUUAUCUCAAUGUAAUAGAUCAAAACAUGUUAUUUUACUUUUGGAACAUGGAAUGUUUAUGUCAGAGGGUGAUGUUACUUUAGCUCAAAUAACUGCAAAAACAGUUAUUGACAUGCUGUCAGAAACGGAUUAUGUUACUGUUGUCGGAUUAGCUGGACGAGGAUCCGUGCAUUGCAAAAAUGGUUUAGUGAAGGCAAAUGACGUCAAUAAAUUUCAUUUAACACGACAUGUAGACACCAUCACUCGAACUGAUUCAAACCAAACUUUGGAUGUUGAUUUCAAAUCCCUAACGGGAAAUUUGACUGGAGAGGUUGUCAUUAUCCACGUGACAAAUAUGCUAAAAAAUACAACAAAUUUGAAAAACAUUACUGAAGAAAUCUAUUCACAAAAAUUAACCGCAUAUUUAAGAACAAUAUUGAUUCUAUCGGACACUCAACCACAUACAAAUAUCAAAAAUAUUUCCGAGGAUACAAUUACAUUACCAACGCAAAAUGUUUUGGGCUAUGAAAUAGCUAAAUUGUUUGUUGGAUUAAAAUGUUCAAGUGACGAAAGAAAAGAUUAUUAUUUAUCAGAUCCUUAUUUUGAACCUUACACCAAAGGAAUGAUGUUGUCUGUUGGACAAAUAACAAAUGUUGCUGUAUUAUCGCUUGACAUCAAAUUAAAAGACUUUCUUGAAGAUGUAACUUACUUUAAUGCUGGACCAAAUACUCAUGCAAUACUUUUUGAUAAUAAUGAAAUAGUUUGGAUGCAUAAGAAUUUUCCUCGAAUGGAAAUGAUAGCGGAACAACCUUUAAAAGUUUAUUUGCACAAUAUUGAGAAUAUUGAUUCGGAAACAAUUCAAAUACUUUUAAAAGAAUCGGAAGGUUUUAAAAUAAUUGAAACAAAAUUGGGAGUAAAAAAACAAAUUCAUUGGAAACAUCUUAUUUAUAAAGAUUUAAUAGCAUGUGUAAUAUCGGAGAAUAAAGAUGAUUUUCUACCAGUAGCAAAAACAGUGCCACCUUUGCCAUCAAAUAUUUUGCAUCAUCGUCUUGAUCUAAUGCUACAAUCUGCCAUUAGCAAAGAUAUAUUUUGCUUGAAUCACAAUAGAAUUUCCACACUCUCAACUGGAGUUGUUUAUCUUUCACCAUGGUGUUUUCAAUCACCAACAGAGCAACUUAAAUUACUGGAAACUGGAUCAGCUGUAACAGUUCAAAGUUACAUGGCCUAUAUUAAAGAUUUAACGAGACUACUUGCAAAUCCAGGUUUACAUUCUUCAGUUAAACCCGAUAUUGGAACUUUUGCACAAAUUCUCAAUCAUUUUAAAAUUCGACACAAUACAAGUUCUUUAAAUAAAUUCAUCGUUCGAAGAUAUGUUGUUGCUGCUGCAAGUGGAGCAAUGGAGAUUUAUCCAGGCAUUGUUCUCGAUUCUGAAUUGGAUCCAAAAAGACGAGCAUGGUAUGGAAAAGCACUUGAAUAUCCAGGCAAAAUAGUUUUGACAUCGCCUUAUUUAGAUGCUGGUGGUUCUGGUUAUGUGAUAACUUUAAGUCACACGGUUUAUGAAGGUCGUUCAGCAGCAUUACAUUCGAAUAAUGAUCCUGUUAUUGCUGUUGUUUCAAUGGACAUUACUUUGGGUUAUUUCUCAAGAAUUCUUCGUGAUAUGUUUUCAUUUUGUAAUGAUUCAACUGUCAAAUGUUUUUUGAUGGAUGACAAAGGUUAUUUGGUUUUUCAUCCAUCAAUGCUCGAUCCAACAAGUAAAAUUGAACAACAACAUUUAACGCACAAAGAAUUAUUAGUAGCGAACGAUAUACUUAAUCAUGAAUUUUUUGUUCGUAAAAAAUCAUGCGCCAGUUAUUUGGAUGGUACAGUGCAACGAUAUUAUCAAUUUAAUACUUCAUUGGAGGAAGUUUUAACUAAUAUCGUUCAUGGUGAGCAUUGUAUUAAGUAUCAAGUCGCCGCUGUUCCUGGAACUAAUGUCUUCCUUGGAGUUGUAAAUGCAACAUGCAAUUUACAUAGAUCAUUCUCCUUUUGCCCGUGUAGUACGAUGGAUAGAUUGUGUUUUAAUUGUAAACGAAUGGAACAAACGGAAUGUGAAUGUCCUUGUGAGUGCUCACUUUAUUCAGCGUCAUGUGGUCAACAAAAUUUCAGCGUUUUGGAACCAUGUCCAGCGCCUUACGAACAAGGAAUUAGUUCACAAUUAUUUUGGACACAAUCAGUACCAUUAAAAUCGUGUCCAUCUUUUAAUUGUAAGGAUUAUCAGACUGAAAACGAAUGUUUGGGAAUUGUUAAUUGUCAAUGGUGCCAUUACGACAGCGAUGGAGAAACUCCCCUUCAGGCUCCAUUUUGUUCGGAUUUGUCUCUUUGCUUUAGAGGGAUUUUUGGUUCCUUAGUCCCUUACGGAGAUGGAAGUUACAAAACUCAAUCAACGGAGGAAAUUGUGGCUCGAGAAUGGCCCUCAGUGGGUCCCGUUGCAGGUGGAAUUCUUGCCUUUGUUUUAAUUCUAGGAAUAAGUCUCUUUUGCUAUAGAUUACGAUCGGUUCAAUCUGGUUUGGAGCAUCAGUGUCUACAUCUUCAUACAUCGCCAGAUACAUUGAGAAUGACAAAUCAUGAAGGCGAUCCUGAACCCAUGGAAAUGGAUCAAAUGAAAAAUAAUCUUGAUUCUCUUUUACGUGAAGGUAUUGCACCAAUUUCGCCAUACAGAGUUUCGACAAAUUAUCGAAGACCACCUGGCGGUGAUAGCGAUCAUGGCUAUAGUACAAUGACACCACACGAUGACUCUGAACAACAAACAUUUGUUGAGCCUCUGUUAAUUGUUGGCGGAAAUACGGAAUCAGAUUUAGUGAAACAAAAUAGUCGUCCACCAUCACCAAUGACGCAUUUAGGAUCACCGCAUCAUGUGUUAGCUCCCGUUACUGUUCAUCGACACAUGGAAGCAAAUUUUUGUUAGCAUUGCUUAACAAAAUUAGAGAUAUAUAAAUAUUAUAUAUAGAAUUAUUGGAAUUAAAUUUCUAAUAUCACAUAUUUACGAUUAUUUAACUUUUUUAAAUAAUAUUAAAUAUAUUAUAUAUUUUUAAUAUAAUAUUUAAACUUUACAAUUAGUUGUGAUGUUAGAAAUUUAAAUCCAAUUAGAAAAGAAAAAAAAAAUGUUCCAUUUUUCAUAACUGUUUUUAAUCGAGAAAUAUUUUCAUGAAUAUUUUUACUUGAGAGAUCAUUGACUCAAUAUCUGUUUUCUAUUUUUAUAACAAUAUGAUAUGCACAUUCUUUACUGAACGUAUUUUUACAAAACUUUUAAAGAAAAGUGGCAAUAAGAAAAAAUUCAAAGAAAAACUUUGUAAACUUUUUGUACAAAGUACCCAUGUCUUUUUUUUUUUAAAUUCAUGUACAUUGUUUUUUGUAUAACGAGAAAGGUGCUCAGCACACAUGAAUUGAUUUUAGCGUUAUUUAUUUUUCGAGUGAGAUAAAUAUUUAAAGUACAAACAGGUGGUAUGUUCCAUUUUUUCUUGAAAGUGCCAAUUUUUACAAUAAUUAUUGUUCAAAUCGACAAUCGUGUUUACGAUUUAACUGAUGAAGACUUUUUUUUUUAAUGCAUUUAUACGUAUCAAUUAAGACAAUUUAUUAACAAAGAAAUAAUAUGUCUUUACGACAAAUAGUUCACAGACUGAUAUUUAACAUAAAAUAUAGUAAAAUGUGGGUACAUAUGUAGAGUAUCAAAAUUGCUCAAAAAAAAAAAAUUAAACAGAAAAAAACGCCGAUUUAAAAUCUUGAUAUUUUUUAUGUAUUAAAUUUUGAAAGCAAUAUAUAGGUCUCAAAUUUUUCGAGGCAAGUAGUGUAAUAAAUUUUUGGCAAAUUUAAUCAUAUUUUGAAAUGAAUGUGUAAAAUUGGAUUUAUAAUGUUUCUUGAAAUGAUUAUAAGAUAAUUUUUGAAUAUUCUUCUGUUGUGUUUGUGGACAAAUGUUAAAAAAAAAGUAUUAAAGCUUUUGACAGCAACAAAGUAUUUUAAUAAUGAAUAGCGCAAACAUAUAUAUGAAUGUAUGUUAAUUGAUUAUGUAUUAGAAAAAUGAUAAUAAUGUAGACGUAUGAAUGAUUUUAAAAGUAUUUUUGUUGUAGAAAGACGUGAGUAGUGAAAGUAUAUUUAAGUUUCUCGAUAUGUAGAAAUUAUUAAAAAAAAAAGAAUAUUUUGUUAAUGCCAGUGAAUAUAGAAGCAGAAAAAUUUGAUUUGCGAAAAUCGAAAUCCAGUGAAUAUUAAAAGAAAAACAAAUUUUUAUAACGAAAAUCUUGCCGUUACCUGCCAUUUAUAACGUUGCACAUAGAACUAUCUUUUUUAUACAUUUUCUAUUAUUAUUUAAGUGAAAAAUUAUGUAAAACCGUAAAAUGUUAAAAAUAAAAGUUUUUUUUACAGUAAA